AUGGAGACCUCAAGUUCCUUCAAUGGCAACUUAUUGGAACUUCUAUUUUCUGCAGAAUCAAAGAACUCAUCCGAUAUUAUUCCGGCAACCGCCGCCGCCGCCGCCGACAUAUCAGCAUCAAUAGAUUUUACCACAGACCAUCAAUUCCCUUUUCCUGAUUAUCAGUUUCUUCUAGAUUAUGAUCAUGAUCAAAUGUUUGGUCAACUUCAAUUCCAAGAAUACCCUUUUGAUCAUCAUGAUAAAUCAUCCAUUAAUGUACCAUUAAAUUCACCAGUCUUUGACUGUGAUCACUGUCAAGAUCUGAACUUAAUUAACACCAAAAAUGGGAGAUUUUAUAACUCUGAUGUCAUUGAGCAGAAUUCAACAGUAUUCAAGGUUGGAAAGCUUUCAGCAGAACAAAGGAAGGAGAAGAUCCAUAGGUAUAUGAAGAAGAGGAAGGAGAGGAAUUUCACCAAGAAGAUCAAGUAUGCUUGUCGAAAAACAUUGGCUGAUGGUAGACUUAGAGUAAGAGGAAGGUUUGCUAAAAAUGAUCAAUUUGGAGAUCAGUCAUCAAGAGCAGCUUGUGGGAGCAAUGAAGAAGAUACAAGUAAAGAUGUAUGUGUGAAAGAAGAGGAAGAAGACAUUGUCGAUUCUUCGGAUGUUUUUGCACACAUUAGUGGGGUGAACUCUCUUAAAUACAACUACUCAAUUCAAACUUGGAUAUGA